CUCAGUAUCAUCUUUGGCACUCACUGGAGUCAGAAAGCUCAGAGCUAGGCACAGGGAGUGCAGAGUGCAGGGCAAGAAAACCAUCACAUUAUUUUCUGGGGCGAAAAAAGAACAGAUUAAAUCAUCAGGAAGAGCGACUCGUACAAGUCUUCCACAGGAACAUUUUGCAGCUCUUUACUCAUCUGCUUCAUGAAGGGACCAUGAGCGUUGGUUGGAAUAAUGGGAAAUGUUGUUCGAGGAGCCGUGGCCUUCAUUCCCUCAGACCGAUGUGAGCGAUUCUUGGUGGGAGACUUGAAGGAGACGCCACAUGAUCGUACCUUGGACCUGAGCAGCCGUCAUCUUCAUCGUUUUCCGCUUAGAUUAUGUGCCUUUGGUGACCUUCUUAAACUUUAUUUGAGUAAUAACCACUUGAGCAGUCUGCCUCCUGAGUUUAAUAAUCUGAAAAAGCUUCAAAUUCUGGCUCUAGACUUCAACUGUUUUGUGGAACUGCCUUUGGUUGUUUGUAGUCUUCGUCAACUUAACAUUCUCUAUCUUGGCAAUAAUCAACUUUACAAACUGCCAACACAGCUGGCUCAACUCAGCGAACUAAAGACACUAUGGCUAGACAACAACUGCUUUGCAAAGUUCCCGUCUGUAAUAUGUAAGCUUUCUGAACUCAGAACUCUUCAUCUGGGUUACAAUCAGUUUCGUAGCUUGCCUGGUGAGCUGGCGAGCUUAAAAGAGCUGCGAAGUAUUUGGUUAUCAGCCAAUGUCCUGAAUAAAUUUCCACCAGUGCUUCUGGAAAUGCACACUUUGGAAGUGAUUGACAUUGACAGGAACCAGAUACAACAUUUUCCACCACUUAUUCACUUGACAGGGCUUAAGAUGAUUAUCUAUGACCAUAAUCCGUGUGUUAACGCACCUUUGGUGGGAGAAGGUGUGAAACGGGUGGGCCGCUGGGCUGACAGUAAGAAUGAUGGGGAUGAUGAAGUGGAACGAAAGAUGGCUGAAGUGUCCAUAGAAGAAAACACAGCUGAAGUGUCCACUACUGAAAACACAGCUGAGGUGUCCACAGAGGUGAGAGAACAGCUGCCAGAGAAUGAAUAACAGGAACUGCACAACUAGUAUGAUGUUUAUUAUCUAA